AUGGAUUCUGAAACCAUAAAGCUUCCGACUAUAGAUUUCUCCCAACCUGGAUUGAAACCAGGAAAUCCAGAGUGGGAUUCAGUGAAAGGUCAAGUCCGAAAAGCACUUGAAGAAUUUGGCUGCUUCGAGGCCUUGUAUGACAAAAUUUCUCUUGAACUUCAGAAAUCAUUUUUCGAAGCCUUAGAAGAGCUUUUCAACCUCCCUUUGCAGACUAAGCAAAGAAACACAUCUAAGAAGAUCUACCAUGGCUACAUUGGACAAUAUCCAAUUUUUCCACUGUAUGAGAGCAUGGGUCUUGAUGAUGCAAACAUCCCUGAAAAAGUUGAAAGCUUCACUGAUCUCUUAUGGCCUGAGGGGAACUCAAAUUUCUGCAAGACUGUGCAUUCCUACUCGGAGCAAAUCUCAGAAUUAGAUAAGAUUGUGAGAAGGAUGAUACUGGAGAGCCUAGGUUUAGAGAAAUAUAUGGAUGAGCACAUGGAAUUAACAAAUUACCUUCUUAGAGCAAUGAAGUACGAAGGACCUCAAACAACUGAGACAAAAGUUGGACUACAUGCUCACACUGACAAGAACAUCCUAUCCAUUUUGUGUCAAGAUCAAAUACGCGGUUUGCAAGUUCUCACAAAAGAUGGACAUUGGAUUGAUGUCGAACCCUCUCCAGGCUCCUUCACUGUCAUGAUUGGAGAUGCCCUUUUUGCAUGGACAAAUGGCCGAUUGCACUGUCCUUUUCACCGGGUGAUGAUGACUGGAAAUAUAGCAAGGUACUCAGCCGGUAUAUUUUCAAUGCCAAAAGCAGGGUAUAUAAUAAAAGCCCCAGAAGAACUGGUAGAUGAAGAGCACCCCUUGCUAUUCAAGCCAUUUGAUAAUGUUGAGUUCCUCUCAUUCCUCCGCACUGAGGCUGGAAAAGGAGCUCAAUCUGCCCUCAAAACCUACUGUGGCAUCUAA